CAAGCCCAAGUUACAGUUACCUUUGGCGUCUUACAGUCUCUAACUGUAUAUUUUUCUAGGUUAUGUGUUUUGUUUAUGUUUGUUGAUAAUUUCUUAUUCAAAUGACCGUAAAUAAUGGAAUCGCAGAAACUUCUACCUGCCCAACCACCUCAAAACAACAUAACUGAAAGCUCAGAAGAGGAAUGGAGUGAUGGAUCAAGUUACAGCUCUUACUAUUCUGAUUCAGAUGAAAGUACUAUCCCAGAUUGGGAACCCUAUGUAGAUGAUUACUCUGGAGAACUUUUGUACAUAGAAUGUCAUCCAUUUGUGACACAAAACAAGGAUAAUCAAAAAACAAAAGAGCCAGCAGAACCAUUCUCAAAGACUCAACUUAGAAGAAGCACAAGAGGUAAAUUUCUCAGGUUAAUAAGACGCAGAGAAAGCAAGCGUCGUAGUAAAAAGUUUGUGAAAACUCAGGACAACAAUGACAACACAUCAAAGGUUAAAUUUCAAGAUUUUCAAGAAGGUGAAGAAAAAGAAGUUAUGUUGGAAAUUGACGUUGAAAAUAGACACAAUUUAAGCAGUGAUGUUUCUUUGGCAGAAUCUUUGCUAGGGUUAAAUGUCAGCACAUUGUCAGAUGGCAAUAGAGUUAUGAUUGCGGGAUUUUCUAUAGACAGCAAAGCAAAACAUGAAAGGAACAUAAAAAUUGGAGAUUGGUUGAAGAGUAUAAAUAAUAUUGAUGUAAAUGUACAAAACUUGGAUGACAUUUUACAAAAGUUUAUCAAUAGAAGAGAAGUCUUAUUGAAAUUGCAAAGAGUAGCAGGUAUUGAUGUCACAAAAGAUCCACCAAUUAACGAACUAAAUAAUGAGUCUAACUUUGUAAGAGAAUUGUUAAAUUCCAAAGGUGAUGAUGAACAAUUAUUGACGCAGACUUUAUGCAAACAUCCUGUUGGAAUUGUAUAUAUAAAUACUGAGAAACUCAGUGAAAGUAAUAGUGACUAUGAAGAUAUUAUUUAUUGCUAUCCUAGACCAUUACAGAAAAACAUUUUGUGUGGUGCUAGAGGUAUGUUCAUUACUUUAAAUCAUCUACUUUCUGAUAUAACAAAAACAGAAGCAAAAUCCUCAUCAUUGAUGUACAAACAAAAGUUAGCUCACGUCGUCUACUCUCAAUUUGGCAAUAAUUUAUUACUAUUCAUGUUGCCAGAUAAUCGCGCUUCAGCAAAAGAAAUUAUUCACAUCAAUAAAGAAUUAAUUAGAUUGCUAGAAUUUUCUUAUGAAUCUCUGGAUAUCUGUUUCAACAAUGAGUUAAAAUUGACACAAGUUGAUCACUUUUUCUCGCGAUUUUUUGCCAGAAUAUUAAGUAGUGGUCUGUGGGCAACAGCGCAACAAUUUGUAGAAUUACAGAGUCUGUCUGUUAAGUCGGUACAAAUCAGUCCGAAUCAAUUCGAGGAUGUAAUGUCAGUGGCCCCUUUCUUAAAUUUGCCAGACGAGGCCAAAAUGCAAAUCGACGAUGCACUCACGGAAUUGGAAGCUAGUGAUUAUAGAGACUGGAAUGAAGAGCCUUUAGAUUGCCAACGACUUUUCACCAUUCUGGGCAGCUCUCUUUAUCAUUCUGGAUAUUUAUUGGCUUCUCAUUUCACCCAUGAGGAUCUAAUUGACGUGCACUCCUUCUGUAGACAGCAGGGUCUGUUACAUUUAUCCAGAACUGAACCUGUUAAAUCGUUGGUAUUGUGGAAAGAGGUAUAUCCACACUCAUGUAAUGGGAGUUCAAAUGAAAAACCGAAAAUACCUGAAGGCCGUCGUUAUCUGUUAGUUGUGGGUAGUGCCAAAAAUUUAUUAGCAGUGAUCAUGGAGGCAGGUGGAUGCACCGAACCUCCAGAAGAAAAUAUGGGUCCCGAUGCGUUUUACGUAGAGGAGGCUCAAGCAACAUUGGCCCACAUACAGGAGCUGGGAUUACCUGAAUUAGUGGAUCGAUUAAUUUCUAUGAAUCCAGGACAACAAAUUAGUUUACCUUUGCCUAUUGUCAAUAAACGCAAAAGUGAUUUCAAUAUUUCGUUGAGAUCAAACGCCAGUUUUCACAAAGACUCUAAUUCCCCCAAGAAAAAUGAGGUGACGUCUAUUUUGAAACGUCGAAGUUCAGAUCAGAAUUUUGUAAUGCAAUACAAUUCAAGCAAUUCUCUACAGGAUGACUGUUAUUCUGAAGGUUCUGGCAGUCAGGAGGGUUACAGCGAAAUCAGCGACGAAAGUGGGAGACGAAGACGUUACAAAUAUGAUUCCAACGAUGAAGAAUCUGACAACGAUGAUUUCGCGGAUGGAAGUCAGAUGAGCAAUAGCAGUUUUGAUAUAUCUGAAAUAAGACAAUCUCUGUUAUCUGAAACUGAAGACUAUCGACCGUUAAGACUGACGGCGGGAGAGGAGAACGUUCUUUAUUACUUUGUUCAGCUGGAUACAACACAAGGAAUUAUAUUGAGUCCACCUGAAAGUAGAAUUCAGUCACAGACAUCAGUUGCCAUGCUUAAUAAUUUCAAGAGAUGUUGCCAGAAGAUUCAUGCCCUUUUUCAAAAUACUCUCAGAUUUAAGAACAUGCCGGUUCAAGAAAUGGCAAAAUCUGUAAUCAAUAAAAGUUUAAUUGCCAUAAAAGAACAUGGAAUUGUAUUUGAAUGUCCGUACUUAGACGAUAAAGACUCGAAGAAGAACAAAAUCGUUUACUGGGUAGUUGGGAGAUUAUUUUAUAUGCCGCAUCCGAAAGAAAUUUACGUUUGUUACCAGGAUAGCAUCCCCCAAAAUUUGGUUGAACUUGCCUUCAAAAUGAAUAUUGGUGUUAUUACUUAAAUUUGCAACAAGGAGGUAUACAUGAAAUGUGAUAAGUUUUUUACAAAAAUUAAGACAAAGUAUUGGAAAUUCCAUAAUCAAAAAGAACUAAAAAAUGUACUGACAAAAUAUCACUACUGUAAUAUUAAUUUUAAAUGAAAUAUAUAUAUUUUUUUAAUCUUAUUUAUAUAAUAUGUAUUUAUGUAUAUAUUUUAUAAUAAAAAUUUUAAUACCGUUUA